AUGGAGCAGGGCGGUGGGGUGGGCAGCGUGCCCAGUGCUGAGGGGGCUGGUGGCACAGCACCCCCUGAAGCAGACGGCAGCGCAGCCCCAGCGGCCCCCCAGACUGCCCAGCCCCAAGGAGGGAUGGAGACGGCCACCACUGAGGCACAGGAUGGAGGGAAGGGAAAGCCUGAAGGAGGGCAGGCAGAGCCCACAGAGGGGAAGGGCCCAACUGGAGCAGAGGCUCAAGAUGGAGGGAAGGAUAAGCUCACAACGGAGCAAGCCCCUCGUGGGUUAGAGGCUGCGGGUGGUGGGAAAACAGAGCCCACGGAGGAGAAGGCUCCGGCUGCAGCGGAGACUGGAGGAGGGAAGGCAAAACCCACUGAGGAGGCAGCCUUGGCUGCAGCACAGGCUGAGGAUGGAGGCAAAGAACCUGCAAAGGAGAAACCCACAUCUGCUGCCAAGGAGAAGGCUCCAGCUCCUGUGAAGGCCCAGGGUGGAGGGAAGGCAGCAGCAAAGGCAGAGAAAACCCCAGCGGAUAAAAAGCCUGUGAAGAUAAAGGCUCCAGCUGCUGCAAAGGCUCAUGGUGGAGAGAAUCAAGUAGCGGCGAAGGCAGAAGCAGCCCCAGCUGUAAAAAAGACUCAAGAGGGAGACAAAGAGGAGCCUGCAAAGGAGAAAGCCACAGGUCCUGCAAAGGAGAAAGCCACAGGUCCUGCAAAGGAGAAAGCCACAGGUCCUGCAAAGGAGAAAGCCACAGGUCCUGCAAAGGAGAAGGCCCCAGAUGCUGCAAAGGCUCAGGAUGGAGAGAAGGCAGCAGCAAAGACCAAGGAAACUCCAGCUGUAAAGAAGCCUCAAGAUGGAAGCAAAGAGGAGCCUGCAAACGAGAAAGCCCCAGCUGCUGCAAAGGUGCAGGAUGGAGGGGAGAAAGCUCCAAAGGUGGAAAAACCCACAGCUGCAUCGAAGGCGGACAACGGAGGCAAGGAAGAGCCUGCCAAGGAGAAAGCUCCAGCCGCUGCGAAGGCUCAGGAUGGAGGGGUGAAAGCUGCAGAGGUGGAAUCUCCCCCAGCUGCAGCAGAGGCCGGGGAUGGAGGCGAGGAGCCCGCAGAGGCAGCAGCCACGGCUGCGGCGAAGGCUCCGGGCGAAGAGGAGCAAGCAGCAAAGGUGGAGGAGACGGGCAAGCAGCAGCCGAGGGGUCCCGAGCCCCCGCGCCCGGCUCUGCUGCAGAGCCUGAGCUGCCCGGCCGCCUGCCAGAGGGAGGAGCAGCCCUGGGUGGAGGGGCCGGCCAUGGAGGUGAUACUGGAGGAGACCACAGUGAUGGAGCCGGCAGAGCCCGGCCCUGCCCCGGCAGCCCAUGGGGACCUGCAGCCUCCCGGCACCCCACAGGAGAGGACACUGCCCAGUGCCACGGGGCAGGCCCCGGACCCCGCCGGGGCUGCGGAGCAGCCUGGCCCUGGGGGACAACCGUCCUCGACGGAGGUAGAGCCAUCCCCCAGCCCCUACCUCACCCCCGACUUCGGGAAGGAAGACCCUUUCGAGAUACUGGAUGAUGUCCCUCCGCCACCAGCGCCCUUCGCUCACCGCAUCGUCACCCUGCGGUCCGCCAGCGUCAGCUCCCAGUUCAACCUCAGCUCCAAGGAGAUCCUGGGGGGGGGCAAGUUCGGUGAAGUCCACACGUGCACGGAGAAGAAGACGGGGCUCAAGCUGGCGGCCAAAGUGAUCCGGAAGCAGGGUGCCAAGGACAAGGAGAUGGUGCUGCUGGAGAUCGAUGUGAUGAACCAGCUGAACCACCGCAACCUCAUCCAGCUCUAUGAUGCCAUCGAGACACCGCGGGAGAUCAUCCUCUUCAUGGAGUUUGUGGAGGGCGGUGAGCUCUUCGAGCGGAUCAUUGACGACGACUACCAGCUGACGGAGGUGGACUGCAUGGUGUUCGUGCGGCAGAUCUGUGAGGGCAUCCGCUUCAUGCACCACAUGCGUGUCCUCCACCUCGACCUCAAGCCUGAGAACAUCCUCUGUGUUGCUGCCACCGGGCACAUGGUGAAGAUCAUCGACUUUGGGCUGGCUCGAAGGUACAACCCCCAGGAGAAGCUGAAGGUGAACUUCGGCACCCCUGAAUUCCUCUCCCCAGAGGUGGUCAACUACGAGCAGGUCUCCUACACCACAGACAUGUGGAGCAUGGGCGUCAUCACCUACAUGCUGCUCAGCGGCCUCUCCCCCUUCCUGGGUGACAAUGACACUGAGACACUCAACAACGUCCUGGCUGCCAACUGGUACUUCGAUGAGGAGACCUUUGAGAGCGUCUCCGACGAGGCCAAGGACUUCGUUUCAAACCUCAUCAUCAAGGAAAAGAGUGCCCGGAUGAGCGCCAGCCAGUGCCUGGAGCAUCCCUGGCUCAAUAACCUGGCAGAAAAGGCCAAACGCUGCAACCGGCGGCUCAAGUCCCAAGUGCUGCUGAAGAAAUACGUCAUGCGGCGGCGCUGGAAGAAAAACUUCAUCGGGGUGUGCGCUGCCAACCGCUUCAAGAAGAUCACCAGCUCGGGGUCACUGACGGCGCUGGGCGUCUGA